UGAUGAGGAGGACGGCAAACCCCUGGGAGUAAACCAGUUAGCAUGACUGUGGGGGAAAGAAUGAUCUCAGAACUGCUGAUCCUGCAGCUGUGGACCAGACGGAGGUGCAGAUGGAGCCGCUCACGGACAACAUCUCCUCACACAGAUACUUCAUCCUGAAAGCCUUCGAUGAGCUCAGAGCGCUGAGGCCCGUCCUCUUCAUCCCGUUCUUCAUCCUGUUUGUGGUGUCGCUGUUUUCUAACUCUCUGCUGCUCUACCUCAUCAUUUCACAUAAAAGCCUCCACUCGCCGAUGUGCAUCCUCAUCGCCUGCAUGGCGGGCAUCGACCUGAGCCUCCCGCUCGUCUUUGCUCCCGACAUGCUGCUGCGCCUCCUGCUGGACUGGACGGGGAUCUCUCUGAGCGCCUGCCUGCUCCAGAUGUACCUCCUUCACCUGCUGGGAACUUGUCAGUCGACUCUGCUGCUCUGGAUGGCGCUGGACCGCUACUUCGCCAUCUGCACGCCGCUCCACUACCACGAGCACAUGUCUGUUCUUAGAUUCAGUAAGUUUGUGAUCCCUCUUCUGAUCAGAAAUGUGGUGAUGAUCUCCGCGGUGGUGAGUCUGGCCGGAUCGAGGUCCUUCUGCUUGGGGAACGUGAUCAGUCACUGCAUCUGUGAGCACAUGGCGCUGGUGGAGCUGGCCUGUGGAAGCACCUCCAUCAACAGCCUGGUUGGCCUGAUCACAAUCUUCUUCAUCACCGUGCUCGACUUCCUCAUCAUCACCAUCUCGUACAUCAUCAUAUUCCGCUCCGUGCUGCGUUCAGGAACAUCAGGGGCCAAAGCUCUUCACACCUGUGUCACCCACCUCAUCGUGAUGUCCGUCAGUCUGACCUUCGUGCUCACAGCUUUCUUAUCGUACCGGAUCAGAAACAGUCUCCCGGCAACCAGUCGGGCUGUUGUCAGCAUCAUCUACCUGUUCCUACCAAGCUGUUUGAACCCGAUCAUCUACGGCAUCAGAACCACCGAAAUACGACAUCACAUCCUGAAGACGCUGACUUCCUGCCGCCGGGGCCAAACCUGACCUGAAUAUACGAACUGAAAUCAGUCCUGGA